UCUGUAUGGAGUUCAGUCUUUCUGAGUUGUUGGUCAUAACAAAAGAGAGCAGCUAUUAGCGGUGUAUUUUCCCGAGAAGACAGACUACAUAUACUAUUUUUUUAUUUAAUUUUUACUAUUUUAUUUCUUCAACUUUGACUGAAGAAGAAGGCUGAACUCAAGCCGAUAGCUUUGCAGCUUUCGGCGCUCUUUCUACUUCUCUUUCUCUUCAAGAUUUGUACUACCUUACCUCUUGAUUCCUUUCUAUCCCUUUCUUUGUUUUAUUUCUAUGCUUAAAUUUGCAUUUAAGAUCAUUAAAAUAACAUAUCCAUGUUUAUAUUUAUGUAUUAAGUGAGAACCAAAGAGAAAGAGUUGUAUUUUUAACUCUCUAUUCACCCAAAUCUACAACAACCCUUUUGGCUCUAUUGCUAUUCUUCACCUUUCUUCUCACAAGGUAACCCUUUUUUCUGCCUUCAAUUUGCCAAUUUUUUCUCUUGGUAGAUCUUUCUUUCUUUCUCUUUUUUCCUCAUCUGGGUGGAAUUUUCUUCCGAGAUCUUUGUAUUGGUAUCUCAGUAGUAGAUCAAGAGGCUAGCUCAAUUACAUUAUGAGUCAACUUUAUAGAAGCCAAUUGAAGACACAAGCAACAGGUGGUGGAGCUUGACUAUUGCAUCUUCUAUGCUCUCUAUUUUAACAGAAAACAUGGGCUUACUCUGCAGCAGAAACCGUCGUUACAAUGCAGCGGAUGCUGAAGAGAAUGCUCAGACUGCAGAAAUUGAAAGACGCAUUGAGCUAGAAACGAAGGCUGAAAGGCAUAUUCAGAAACUUCUACUACUUGGUGCUGGGGAGUCCGGGAAGUCCACAAUUUUUAAGCAGAUUAAGCUUCUGUUCCAAACUGGCUUUGAUGAGGCGGAGCUAAAGAGUUAUAUCUCAGUCAUCCAUGCCAAUAUUUAUCAGACUAUAAAAAUUUUGUAUGAUGGGUCGAAGGAAUUGGCUCAGAACGAAACAGAUUCCUUGAAGUAUGCUAUAUCCAGUGAAAAUAAGGAUCUUGGAGAAAAGCUAUCAGAAAUCGGAAGCAGGUUGGAUUAUCCACGUUUGACAAGAGAGCUAGCACAUGAUAUAGAAACUCUAUGGAAAGAUCCUGCAAUUCAGGAAACAUUUGCUCGUGGUAAUGAACUCCAACUUCCAGACUGUGCAAACUAUUUCAUGGACAAUUUGCAAAGGUUGUCUGACACAAAUUAUGUUCCAACAAAGGAGGAUGUCCUUUAUGCAAGAGUUCGCACAACUGGUGUUGUAGAGAUUCAAUUCAGCCCUGUAGGAGAGCAUAAGAAAAGUGGUGAAGUAUAUAGACUCUUUGAUGUUGGAGGCCAGAGAAAUGAGAGAAGGAAGUGGAUCCAUCUAUUUGAAGGCGUUACAGCUGUUAUAUUUUGUGCUGCUAUCAGCGAGUAUGAUCAAACACUCUUUGAGGAUGAACAAAAGAACCGCAUGAUGGAGACUAAGGAGCUUUUUGACUGGGUUCUGAAGCAACCAUGUUUUGAGAAAACUUCCUUCAUGCUGUUUCUGAACAAGUUUGAUAUUUUUGAAAAGAAGGUUCUAAAAGUGCCACUGAAUGUAUGCGAGUGGUUCAAAGAUUACCAGCCAGUUUCGACGGGAAAACAAGAGAUUGAACAUGCCUAUGAGUAUAUCAAGAAGAAGUUCGAGGAGUUAUAUUUUCAAAGCACAACUCCUGAUCGUGUGGACCGGGUCUUCAAGAUCUACAGAACCACCGCCCUUGAUCAGAAGCUUGUGAAAAAAACUUUCAAGCUAGUAGAUGAGACAUUGAGACGCAGAAAUCUCUUCGAGGCAGGCUUAUUGUGAACAAAGAACAAUUUCUUUGAAUCGGUCGGAUUUUGGACGUUAAAAAGUUGGAUGAAACACCCCAUUUGUUGACUGCUGGUAUAUCACAUUCCGUAGGCACAAGUUCUGAAUUCCAUUUGUUUCUUACACGGAUGAAGGGGGACGAAAUUUUUUUCCACAUAAUUUCAUUGACUGCUUAUUUGUAUUAAGAAAAAACCCGCCCAGAAUUCUUUUAUCUCGUCCGUUUUGCUUCAGAGCAGGCAUCAAAACUUACAAAAGUCACUUAUAAUUUUUGUUCUAAUAUAGUUCAUUGUCUAUAAGCAUUGUUUCGUGUAUU